AUGGCAGGCCUGGGUCGUCAAGGCGAGGUGUCCAUCGAUGCUGGCAUCCAAGCCACUCAGGGUAUGUCACUCUCAAAGCCUCUGCCCUAUCCAGCUUGGUCAGAUCAAGCACGGGGUGGAAUUUCUUUCUUCGAUCUUCCUCUGCAGGACGUCAGGUGUGACAGCGCCAAGCACAUAGUGGACAUCAUCAACAACGUGCCGCCGCCUGAUAAGACUGCCAUUGAGACCGCAAUCAACUCAGGUCAUUGGGGAAAGGACCGGUUACCUGAACCGUUUUGCAUGAAAUGCGAGAUGGAAGUCAAGCUCAUCACACAAUUCGUUGUCAUCCCUCAAGACAAUGACAACGUCUCUGUUCUGAAGCAUAUGUACUGCCCAGACAUGAAGCUCACCAAGGCAUGUUUGGAGUCUUUGUGCUAUGGAACACCUUAUGUCUUGAAGUGGCAAGGCCAUGCGCAAAACUUCAGGAAAGGGUUUCAAUGGUUCUUGGAGCAGUUGGGUGGAUGGCAGUGUCGUCAAUACGCGCUGACCCAUAUGCUACCUUGCCACCAACCCCGUCCCGAUAGCUCCAAAGGUGGUUCUUACAUGUCCAAUCUGAGCGAAGAGGCGGUCGACAAGGGCUUCGCUUUCAUCGAGGAGGAAGCAGGUCGACUUGGUACUGAAUGGAGGCGUGUUCAAUGGAUGACCAAAAACCUGAAUACGAACCCCGAGUCCCCCAUCUACGCGUGGCCUCAAGCACUGGUUGAAAGAUCUUUGCGAGCACUGCAAACCGAUGGUGUACUAGCCUUGCCCAUUGAAGACUUUCAUUUUACUCUGGCAGACGUCGAGUACUCUAUCCUUGACUUCGCUGUUCGUCACAUGCUCAAACACAUGAAGACGCACUCCAACGGCUUCAUUGGCAGCCCCGGCAGUGGCAAAACCCCGCUGGCCCGGAUCAUAGCCAUGUGCAUCUCAAGACAUUGGAAGCGUACCCUCAACAUCUCUACCCCACCAUCAUUUCGCGAGGCAACCGAGUUCGAUUUCUUCCGAGGUCAAGCUGGUCGAAAGGACCGGCCGGACAUACACGACGAUGGUUGCCUUGCAUCGGAACCUGUUCGGAAGAUGAAGGGCUUCGCAGACGUUGGAUGUAUUGCCAUGACAAAAGAACGCUGGGGAGCGGCAAAGUUUGUUCAAGGUCAAAUGCGACCGUUCGUGUGCAAUGACUUCGAGUUCACGCCAUGGCUUGUGAAGCACCAGCGUAUUCGGGCGGGAUGCACAGUUCACAUGAAACACGAAGACUUCUUGGACGUCAUCAAGCCAAUGUUCCCGAAGGACACUGAAAAUCCUCACAUCAUGGCCGUGCUCAAGAGAGCCAACAUACUGGUGAACGCUGGCACCAUCAUGUUGUUCCGCUCAGCAACGGCGGAAGAAAUCUCCGUGCCCGGCUUAGUCAUGGAAUCGCACGUGGACUUCUUGAAGCCUGGAUCAGCAAGUAGGUACAACGACUACCGCGAUGGCAUCAAGGCAAAGCCUGCCACAUUUGACGAAGAUCUCAAAUGGGAAGCUGACUACGUGAACGCGAUCCUCACUGGCACCCCACCGCCACAACCACGGGCCACCAUCAUCAAUUCAGGUGCUAUCCGUCAACUUUUUCAUGGGCCAAGUCACAGGACCGCCGGCAGCUUCAGCGCAUCUUCUCUGCCAUCAUCAUCGGUCAACACAGCUACGGCGGUCAAAGAAGAGCCCCGGCCAUUUCGCAGGGCCUUCUCCACACUAUCAAGCGAGGUCAUCGACCUGGGCACUCCUUCACCCAAAAAGAAAGCCAGAGCGGCAACAGUCAAGGCAGAGGCCCGGGAGGAGAUCCAGCUUGAUGCUGUGGAUUUGGCUUCGCCGGUGAAGGCUCCAUCUCUUGGUUCCCCCAUGGACGUCGUCGACACUCUCGAAAAGGUGCAUGACCCCAUGGACGAUCUUGCAGAUGAGCCUGAGGAGCCCUUCGGCAUCUCGCAAGAGCUGUCCAACUUCAUUGAUGAAGCAAAUGCAACGGAUCGUGAAGCCUGA